GCCACGCUCAUGACCAUGAUGGAGUCACUUUGGCCAAGCGAGCCAACCUUGCACUCCCCGCUCUCGCCUCCCUCCACCCCCCGCAUUGUUCCCAGCCCUUGCGGAUGGGAGGAGGAGCAGGGCCAAGGGCCAGCAUGCGGUAGGCGCCCCGUGCCGCGAGGCAGGCGGGAAGGCAGGCAGGAAGGCAGGCGCUGGGAAGCAUCCCGCUGGCUGGAGCCGCCUGUCAUGUUGGUCGAGCUGCUCUUCCAAGCUGCCUGUGUGUCCCUGUUCUUCCCGAGUUGCCAGGGCAGAGUGUAUCCCGGGAGGAAGAAGCCGGCCAGCUUUGCUGUAGAGAGGCGCCGUGUGGGGCCCCACGUCUGCUUCUCGGGCUUCGGCAGCGGAUGUUGUCCCGGGUGGAUGCUGUCCCCAGGCAGUGGGCAGUGCACCCUGCCCCUCUGCUCCUUCGGCUGCGGCAGUGGCUUCUGCAUCGCUCCCAACCUGUGCUCGUGCCCAGAUGGAGAGCAAGGCAUCACCUGCCCAGAGUCCGCAGGAACAUGUGGGGAGUACGGCUGUGACCUCUCCUGUAACCAUGGUGGGUGCCAGGAGGUGGCUCGCGUCUGCCCCCUCGGCUUCUCCAUGGUGGAGACGGCCAAUGGCAUCCGCUGCACCGACAUCGACGAGUGCCUGAGCGCUGCCUGUGAAGGUCUCUGCGUCAACACUGAAGGCGGCUUCGUCUGCGAGUGCGGCCCCGGCAUGCAGCUCUCCGCUGACCGCCACAGCUGCCAGGAUACAGAUGAGUGCCUGGCCACGCCGUGCCAGCAUCGCUGCAAGAACAGCAUCGGCAGCUACCGCUGCUCCUGCCAGCCUGGCUACCACCUACACGGGAACCGGCAUUCCUGCGUGGAUGUCAACGAAUGCCGGUGGCCAGGAGAGCGCCGAGCCUGCCAGCACACCUGCCACAACACGCCGGGCAGCUUCCUCUGCUCCUGCCGCCCUGGGUACCGGCUCAGCAGUGACAGGGUCUCCUGUGAAGGUUACCCCAAGUCCAUCCUGGCCCCAUCGCCCAUCCUGCAGUCCCUGCAGCAUCCACCCACCCUCGUCCUGCUUCCUCCUGGCUCUGGGGGACCCCUCCUGGUCCCCAGGGGCUCCCCCUCGCCCCAGUUCCCUGCUGCAGCUCCUGGUACCCAACUCCCUUCUUCUCCUCCCGCCGUGGCAUCCCCGGCCACCGAGCCGUCCCCGACAGCUGUCGGAACCCCUGGUACCUCCACCCCAUCAGCCCCUUCUUGCUGGUACCGAGGGGCCCCCCGAGAGCCUGGCACUCUCUGGAUGGAGCCGGGAUGCCUGCAUUGUACCUGCCAGGGGGGACAAGUGCUGUGUGAGGCUGUGAGCUGCUCGGUGCCCUGCUCCCACCCGCUGCCCGCCCCGGCCGGCGGCUGCUGCCCCAGCUGCACAGGCUGCCUGCACCAAGGGGUGGCGCGGGCUGAGGGCGACGUCUUCUCUCCAUCCGAUGGGAACUGCACUGUCUGCAUCUGCCUGUCCGGCAACGUCUCCUGCAUCUCCCCCGAGUGCCCCCUGGGCUCCUGCCCCAGCUCCUCACCACCCGAUUGCUGCUCCUGCCAGCCAGCAAAGUGCAGUUUUCGGGGCCGCACGUACGGGCACGGUGCCCGCUUCAGCCUGGAUGGGGACGACUGCACCACCUGUGUCUGCAGGGGCGGUGAGGUGGAGUGCUCCUUUGCCCCCUGCCCUGUGCUCGACUGCCCCCAGCACCAGCGGCACCUGAGCCCCGGGCAGUGCUGCGUCACCUGCCGGGAGCCCCCAGCCCCGACUGGUUGCUUCAUGGAUGACAAUGGUGUGGAGUUUCCGGUCGGACAGAUCUGGUCUCCAGGUGAUCCCUGUGAGUUAUGCAUCUGCCAGGCAGACGGCUCGGUGAGCUGCAAGCGGACAGACUGCGUGGAGACCUGUCCCUACCCCAUCCUCAUCCCUGGGCAGUGCUGCCCCGACUGCUCAGCAGGCUGCAACUACAUGGGAAGGAUCUUCUACAACAACGAGACCUUCCCCUCUGUCCUGGACCCCUGUCUCAGCUGCAUCUGCUUGCUGGGCUCGGUGGCCUGUUCGCCCGUGGACUGUGCCAUCUUCUGCACCUACCCCUUCCACCCCGAGGGCGAGUGCUGCCCUGUCUGUAACGACUGCAACUACCAGGGGAGGAAGGUGGUGAACGGGCAGACCUUCAUCCCUGAGGGACAGCCCUGCACGCGCUGUACCUGCCAGCUCGGGGAGGUGAACUGCGAGCAGAGGUCGUGUCCCCACUCCUGCGCAGAGCCCACCGCGCUGCCCCCCGCCUGCUGCCCUCCCUGCCAAGCCACAGAUGCUCAGCUCCUGCUGCAGAUCAGCCACCGGUCCCCAUCCCUGUCCCCACCCCACGAGGACUCACUCGCUGUCACCUGGCAUCCCAGCACCCCAAGAUCAACCCGUCCACCUCUUCACCGCCUGGUCCAGCUCCUGCUCCCCAGAACAGCCCCUCCUGACCGCUCUCCGGGUAGCAAAGAGGAUGAGGAGCCCCCUCCGAGCACACAGAACCCCUCCGGGCAUCCAUCGGCAGCUGGUCAUCCCACCUCUGAGCCCCCAGAGCCCCCAGUUCCACCAGUACCCCCCAGUUUGAGCCCUGAGGCUCAGGACCCCCAUGAGAAUGUGGAUCCCUCCACCAUGCCACCGGCCAGUGGGGAGAGCCCCGGGGGGCACAUGGUUCCCUAAGGCCCUGGUGCCAUGUGUGCCUGGUGAGGAGUGAGGAGGAGGAGGAGGGGAAUGAAGAGGAGGAUGGGGAUGAGGAGGAGAGGAGGAGGGGUGUGCAGGACCAUCAGGUCUGGCUCACCAGGCCCUUGGGAUGGUGGGUGGCUGGGGAUGGGGUGCCAAUGAGAAGACACAGUGGGCAAACAGCAUCCCUACUCCCAUGGGUCCAUCCCCGUUCCCAUGGGUACAUCCUGACUCCCACGGGUCCAUCCUCACUCUCACAAGUUCAUCCUGAUUCCCAGGGGUGCAUCCCCACUCCCAGGGGUCUAUCCACACUCCCAUUGCUGCAUCCCAGCUCUCAGGAGUCCAUCCCCGCUUCCAGGGGUCCAUCUGCUCUCCAACGGGUCCAUCCCAACUCCCAUGGGUGCAUCCCCUCUCCCAUGGGUCCACCCCUGCUCCCAGGGAUCCAUCCCCAAUCCCAGGGGUCCAUCCCAACUCCCAUGGGUGCAUCCCCUCUCCCAGGGAUCCAUCCCCACUCCUAGGGGUGCAUCCCCGCUCCCAUGGAUCCAUCCCCACAGAGAUGAUGCGAGGGCUGGAGUACCUUCUGUCCAAGGCCAGGCUGAGAGAGUUGGGGUUGUUCAGCCUGGAGAAGAGAAGGCUGCAGGGAGAGCUUAGAGCAGCUUCCAGGACUGAAAGGGGCUCCAGGACAGCUGAGGAGAUGCUCUGGAUCAGGGAGUGCAGGGACAAGUGGAAGGGUUUGUAGCUAGAAGAGGGGAGAUGGAGAUGAGAUCUUCACGCUUUGCUGUGAGCGUGGGGAGGCCCUGUCCCAGGUUGCCCAGAGCAGCGGUGGCUGCCCCAUCCUUGGAGGUGUUGAAGGCCAGGUUGGAUGGAGCUUGGAGCCCCUGAUCCAGUGGGAGGAAUUCCUGGUAUUGGAACUGGAUGGGUUUAUCUCCUUUCCCACCCAACCCAUUCCUUGACUCUAUGACCUCUCCCCAUCGCUGCCAGCUUGAGGACGUGAGCUGUGAACAGAGGUCGUGUCCCCACUCCAAUGCGUCCACCCAGCUCCCAUGGGUGCAUUCUGACUCCCAGGGGUCCAUCCCCAUUCCCACAAGCGCAUCCUGACUCCCAGGGGUUCAUUCCUACUCCCAGGGAUGCAUCCUCGCUCCCAUGGGUCCAUCCCCACUCCCAGGGCUCCAUCCCCACUCCCAUGGGUGCUCGGGCACUGCCUCCCUCAGGCAGAGGCUGUGUGGAUCCCAUCUACCUCAAGGUUCUGAGGUCCUCCAGCCCCUCACCGCCCCACUGAGGCAGGACUGGGAGGCAGGAUCAGCCCCAUCACCACCUUCCCAGCUCUCCAGGUGCACGAUGUGGGGCUGGGAGAUGUUCCUGGGGUGCCCUGAGCCGCCCCCCAUUGUGCAGGCACCCCUGGGGAGGGGACGAGGUGCCCUCCUGGCCACCAAUAAAGUCACCCUGGUAUUUAUCCCCGUCCUGUUCCUGCUUGAACCCACUGAUCCCAACUCGGAGGACCUUUGGGUUUCCCCUGGGAUGAGGAGGGUGGUGCUGGAGGUGCUCAGUUCCCCCGAGUAUGGUUUGGGGACAGGAUGGUCCCCAUGGCUGCUCGUUGAUCCUGAGAAAAUGGAGCUGAGUGGGGCACAAAGGGUUUCUGGGGGCCAACACCCGAUUUCAGCUGCUCCCAGUGGAGACUUUUCCAAGGGCUUGACCUGAGCAAAGUUCCUGGUCCUGGGAAGCGUUCAUGAGGUGCUGAGCUUGGUGUUGUCCUUGUGAAGAGGCUCCCGGAGGUCAGCUCUACACAGGGAGGUGUGAAGAGCCACGUCCAUGGCCCCUAAGAGCUUCCUAGGGCUUUAUCUAAGUGGUGUCCAGCAAGGAGAGGUGAUGAUGAGCAGCAAAAAGCACCCACAGCCCCAAGAUGGGACCCAGCUCUGGGUCCUCCAGACCCAAACACGGGCAUGGGAUGCUGGCAGGGGCAGAGACGUGCUCCUGUCCUGCUCCGAUGUGAGUCCUCUA